UUGUGGUCUGUGUGUUUGACGUCUGACGUCUGCGAAACAAAGUAAUUUUUCUGCUUUGAAUUUUUCACAUUUUUUUAAAAUACAAAAUAAUGUACAUAGAGUUAUAAAUAAAACUUCAAAUUCCCAAUAUGGAUAAUUGUUCCAUGCAAAUAGACGACACUCCAGGACCGGAAAUAUGUGAAAAAGAACCUGAUAUUCAUCAAAUAGUCGAUGUGCCGGUUGAAAAUACUGAUACACCUUUUUACGAGUACCCUAGUCUUUUUACUAGUAAAACCUUAUUAGAGCUGUGUAACUCCUCUUGGUCCCGAACUGCGAGUGCUAAGCAGGACGUGCAGCCUUAUCUACGUGGCUGUAAAUGGUCACCAGAUGGGACCUGUUGCUUAACUGUAGUUAACAACGAUGGAGUUCACAUUACAGAGGUCCCUAGGGAUCUGUAUACAGGGACAGUUAGUCCUACUCGAACUAUUGACGUGCUAGAUUCCACCAUACACGUGAAAGAGGCAGGUCUUGUGUAUGAUUUCUGCUGGUACCCUGGAAUGAAUAGUUGCAUACCAGAAACAUGUUGUUGGCUCACCACUCGUCAGAAUGCUCCGGUACAGAUGUGGGAUGCAUUUGAUGGUUCUCUAAGAUGUUCCUACAGAGGCUUCAAUGCUGUGGACGAAAUGGAGCCAGCGUUAUCUGUCACAUUCACAACUGAUGGCACAAGAAUCAUAGCUGGUUAUAAGAAAGUGCUGAGAACUUUUGAUGUUGACAGGCCUGGAAGGGAUUUUGCUGAACACAAGACCAACUCUCCUGCAUCUUGUUUUGCAACUGACAGUAAUUUGCUGGCGAUGGGCUCAUGGAAUACCACCAUAACUCUUUAUAAUAUGAAUGAAAUUGGAACUUAUAAAAGUAUUGGAAAAAUGCAUGGGCAUUCAGGUGGUGUUACACAUUUAAAAUUCACACCAGAUGGACUAAAACUAGUAUCUGGCGCGAGAAAAGACCACAGACUUCUCGUAUGGGACAUCCGAUAUUAUAGGAAACCUUUAAAUAUACUUACUAGAGUAGUGAAAACAAACCAAAGAAUAUAUUUUGAUGUAUCACCCUGUGGUAAAUAUUUGAUAACCGGCGGUACCGAUGGAGUGGUCAAAGUUUGGAAUGUUGAUACAGUUAAUUGGAAAGAUAGUCUAGAUGUCACUGAUGUUGACAAAGAUAAUUCUACUUUUAGGUUUCCACUACACAGAGAUUGUUGUAACAGUAUAUCAAUACAUCCAAUAAGACCGAUCCUAGCUACCGGUUCAGGACAAUAUCAUCUCCACGAUCCAAUAUUGACACCAGAAGAUGGGGUAAAGAAGGAAAAUGGACAAAGUGACAUUACCAUAAAUGACAAAAAUGCUAAUUCAGCUAUAGACAGUGAUAUGAAAUAUUCGAGUGUGUCCGAAAACAGUUUAGUGUUUUGGUGGAUCGGUGAUAUGACUUAAACACUUUUCAAUAGUUUUAAGUUUAUUUAAAUAGCAUUGUAAGUAAUUGUACCUAAUUGUAAUUGUGUAAAAAAAAGAUGGAAAAUUAAAAUGUGUCUAUGUACUUA